CGCACUCCAGUCGAGUGGCAGCCAGUCGCUGCGGCAUGUCUGCCGCACCGUCAGCCGAGUGGUCCAAGGAUACGAUUCUAGCCUUCAUCGAGGACUACCACCACUCCCCAGAGCUGUGGAACUUCAACCACACACGAUAUGCAGACGCCGCAAUCAGGGCCGAAACGACCAUUAAGUUGGCGGCCAAGUAUAAUUGCGAGGUGUGGGAGUUGAAGAAGAAGAUCAAAAACUUAAGGUCGGCAUUCCACAGGGAGCACAAGAAGUUGUCGACACUGAAGAAGCGCGGCCCGAAAUGGUUCGCGUACGAUCGUCUGUGCUUCCUGCUGAACGGCGCGAAGCACCAGGACUGCGACAAGUCCGAGGAUGAGAGAUACGAGGAAUCGAACAACGAAGACUCCCUGGAGCUGUCCGUGCACCAGUUCAUUAAGUCUGAAACCAUAAUGUUGCCUUCUUUGGAGGAGAACGAAGAGACGGAACCCGAAUCCGUGGCGAAGAAAAGGAAAAGGUCUCAGAUGCAGAUGCAAAACCCUUUAGAAGAAGAUGUUCCAUACGAACAAGAAGACAAGCCCAAAUGGUUCCAGGAAAGGGACGCCUGCGCUACUUAUGGGGAGCAUGUAGGGAACGAGAUCAGAAAUUUGAAAUCGAAAGCCCAAAUUCAUGUUAAACAUUUAAUCAAUAACAUAUUGUACGAGGCUGCCAUGGGGAAAUAUGAUAAGUGAUGUACUUAAUUAUGAUGCUGUUUGUUUUCGAUUUAGUACAAAAGUUUAUAAAAAUAUUUAUACCAGAAAAGUUUGUUUAUUUUAUUUUUUAAAUAUAUUCGGUUUUUU